UCCUCCACACUAUAUGCCCUUCUGGGCUGGCGCCUCUAGCAGAACAGUAAGGCUGUGUUGGCGCGGUAGCCAGGAGAACUUGCCGCAUAGUUUUAAUCCUCUUGACCCAGAAUAGGCGAGCCGUGGCUGGAUCCGAUGGGAGCCGACUGGGGCCAGAGUUUUAGAAACGAGCUGCAGGCCAAGAAGCUCUCUCUCUCCCCGUCUUCACCUGAGCUCCUGCUUGAACCUCGGUGGCACAUCCGUCCAUGGGUCUGGCUCCUGUAUCGUGUCCUUGCGUUCCUCUACACUCUGGCCUGGUGUAUUCACUCCGCUCUACUCUUCAAUACACCCAAAUGGCUCAUUCUCCUGAGCCACCUGGCCUACUGUGUGCUGGCAUUGUACUACUUCACUGCACUGGUGAACCUCUCUGCAGCGUCGUUCCUUAUCAGGCGAUUUUGCAGCACAGAAGUUAAAGGGGGUGGUGGCGAGCAGUGGGCCUUGUUGCGCCUGCCUGCCUCCCUUUCGGCGGCCCUCCGCCUGCAGUGGCUGCUCCUGGUCCUGGUGGGCUCCUUCUCCCUCAACGUCUCCGUCCUCUACUGGAGCGUCAACUACCCCAUGUCCCGCCACCCCAUCAAGCCCUUCAGCAUCAACCUGCAUGUGGUCAACGCCCUGCAGGUGUUCCUGGAGGUGUUGGUGUCCUCCUCACCUGUGCACCUGUACCACUACGCCUACCUGCUGGUGGCCGGCCUCCUCUACCUGCUCUUCGCCAUCUUCUUCUGGCUCGCUGGCUUCACCAACAUGAACGGCCAGCCGUACGUCUACAAGGUGCUGGACUUCGGUAGCCACCCGGGCAUCGCGGUGCUCAGCUCCGUGGGCUUCAGUCUGGUGGGGCUGCCUUUGUUCCACGCGGCCCUGUGGGUGGUGCAGGUGCUGAGGGAGAGGCUGGCGGAGGGGCCCCGAGGCCGGCGCCACGCCCUGAGGAGGGAGGCCUGGUGGUGGGGCAACGUGGGAGGCCUAGCCCCCUUCCUCUCCUCCUCGCCCAUGGAGUCCCAGGCGCCGGUGUUCGCCAGAGGGGACGGGGAGCCCCAGGUGCUGCUCACCGCGCUGCCCCAUGGCUACUGCAGCGUGACCAGUGACUCACCGGCAGACUGUCCCAGUUUUGCAGCUGCCUAG